UCACUCCAUCCAUUCACGCCAAUCGGCCACACUUGUCGCGCCAGUUGUUGAGGCAGAAGCGCAUUCUGAUCAGUCCGCUGAUGCCCCAUCGAAAAGCUCGGAGCCAGGAGGAGACAGCUCCUGUUGGCAACCAAUCUCCAGAGGUUUCUAGGGUCAUUGAUGGCUCCCCGGGACGUCGAAUAUUCCUGAAACCUAUUGUCCUGGUUUUAUGCACAGUUUGGUAACCGGCAGUCUUAUUCACCAUGUUUUCCAAUGUUAAUCACAAAUGCAGGCUUAUUGGACUAUUGCUCUUCGCCAUCUGUCAAAUCGCACAUCAUAAUAGCUCGUCAGGCAACCACCAGCGCUUACAGCAGACGCGCCUGGCUCCGACGCCAAUUCCAUGCCACUCACACAACGACUUUUGGCAGAGGGUUCCCCUUGCCUCCGCCUUAGAAGUAGGCUGCACGAGUGUCGAGGCUGAUGUAUGGGCUUUCGAAGGGCAGCUGCUGGUCGCGCAUAAGCGGGACUCGCUGUCGCCUCGCCUAACACUACAAUCCUUGUACCUGGAUCCAUUAUAUCGUAUACUCGCGGACAAGAACAACGACCAAGAGGACUCAGGGCGCCCUCGAGGCGUAUACGACAUUGACCCAUUGCAGGAGCUCGUGCUCUUGAUCGAUGUUGAGGCUUGUCCGCAACGCGCCUGGCCAUUGCUCAGCGCUGCCCUUCAGCCGCUACGCGAGAGAAAGUGGUUGACAAUCAGCGAGAAUGGUACAUUGACUCAAGGGCCAAUUAUGGUUCUCGUCACUGGAAGCCUGCCGGCCUAUCUUGUGGAAUCAAACAUAGAAACCGCUUCGCAGGGCGUCUUUCUCGAUGCGCCCUUGCUAGAAAUCGAUUCCGGCAAAUACAAUUCGCCCAAUGCCUAUUGGGCAAGUACAUCUCACCGCACACUUCUCGACAGUGCGUAUCGUGAUCGCAGGCAUAGAGCCUCGCGUGAGGAAGUCGAGACCUAUAUUAAACAUGCGAUUGAUCUUGCGCAUGCGCGCAGUCUCAAGGCUCGCUGCUGGGGCCUCUCUAGGUCAGGGUUCAGUCGACCGGAUGACACUUGGCCUAAAUUAAUGGCUCUUGGAAUGGAUGUCGUCAACGUCGACAAUUUGGCAGCGUUUCGGGAGGCUUGGGUACACCUACAUCCCACAGCAAGGAAGGAUUGAUCGGAAACAGAAGCAUCAUAAAUGCCUUGAUGGCGCUUUCAACAUUUCGAGCAACUCGUUCACGGCUCCGACGUGUCAACCCUUCCGACACUCCGGUUUACCGCCGAAUUACCCGUCCAUGCAGCAGGUUCUCGGCCUCUAUCUAAGAUACUGCACGACGUCACGGUUAUGGGGUGACCCCGCAAGAUAAGAGCCAACAUAUCAGUAUAAGUUCCUCCACAGCUUUGUGCGGGUUGCUUGGUGAUUAUAUCUCCAGAUCAUUGCAUUUUUUAGCUCGCAGGUAAUCGUCGACUUUGACAUUCCACCCAGCAGUUUCUCG